AUGGCUGACGGCGAAGAGGACUUCUCUUCCUUGCCUCUGGAGGAGCGCUUCGCUCAUAAGGUCUGGAAAGUUCGCAAGGAAGCAUACGGAAGUGCAAAAGUUACAUUUGAAAACACCGCCGAUGAAUCAGACCCGGCGUUUGUGCCGUUCCUACAAGACCCCGAUUUGUGGAAAGGGGUAGUCACAGAUUCCCAUGUCGCCGCGCAAGCCGAUGGUCUUGCAGCAUACUGCGCGUUCCUUAAAUUUGGAGGUGCCCAGGCCUGUACAAGGACCCGUGGAUUCACGAUUGGCCCAAUCGCCGACAAAUGUCUGCCCGCCCCGAGAGCUAAACCUGGUGCUCUAGAAGCGAUCUUGUUAUUUGUGAAAUUCGACAAGGCCGAUCCGGUAUUUGAGGCACUUGUGCCCCAACUCACACACAAACUGCCUAAGAUGGUUGCCGCCACAUUUUCAGCCUUCACUGCUAUCCAUCACAACUAUGGAUGCAAGACAGUCGACCCUAAGCAAACAUUGAAGACGCUACCAACUGGAUUCGCUCAUGCCGAUAAGAACGUUCGUACCGAAGUACAAAACCUUGCAGCUGAACUAUAUCGGUGGCUCGGGGAGGCUAUCAAGCCUUUCUUCUGGGCUGGACUUAAGCCCACUCAGCAAGCCGACCUAGAAAAGUUAUUCGAGAAGGUGAAACAGGAUCCGCCGCCGCAGCAAAUAAUGUUCACAGCAGCACAAGAAUAUGCCAUGGCCACCGCCCCGGCAGCCGAAGAAGGCAGAGAAGCAGCCGAGGGAUUUGGUGAUGAGGGCGAGGAAGAAGAGGUUGAUGUGUACAACUUGGCAGAUCCGGUCGAUGUCAUGUCUAAAAUCCCCAAGGACUUCCAGGACCAAAUGGCCUCCAAGAAAUGGCAAGAACGCGUGGAAGCGUUGGAAGCUCUUCACAAUGCCAUUGAUGUUUUCAGAAUCAAACCCGGUCCCUUCGAUGACAUUGUGCAGACCUUGGCCGCGAAUGUGGGCAACGUCAAUAUCAAGGUCAUGAGUGGCGCUGCGAACUGCAUUAGUAAGUUGGCCACUGGUUUACGCGGUGGGUUCCUCGCAAAAUACCGCGGUGAGGUCAUGAGGCCUCUUUUCUCUCGUCUGAAGGAAGUAGGUGAAAAGGCAAAGCCUUGUUUUGGCGCUUUGGUAGCUGUCUUCGAAACAGCGACGCUUUCGGAUUGUUUAGAAACAACUCUCGAAUUCCUCAAGGAUAAGAAUCCACGAAUCAAGCAGAGUACAUGCGACUUCUUGGUUCACUGCUUGGAAAAAACCAAAACGGUGCCAUCCAAGGCAGAACAGAAAGAGAUCGCAGAGGCAGGCGGAAAACUCCUGCCCGAGUCCGCACCGGCAACCCGUGAAGGAGGUGCUAAGAUACUGGGCACUUUGAUGAAGAUCGCGGGCGAACGAGCUACAUAUGCGUAUCUUACGGGUGUCGACAAGCUUGACAAAUACAAACCAAAAAUCGCCGAAUACCAUGAGACCGCAAAGGUGGUCGCCAAGGAGCGCCCCAAGCCUAUCGUGGCACCCCCGAAGCCCGCAGCUCCAGCUGGUAAGAAGGUUGUUGGCAAGAAACCAGCCUUGGGAAUGAAGAAACCAGCACCUGCGGCCGCUGCACCUCCAGCGCCCGAGUCUCCGGCUAAACCUGCGCCCAGAGCUUUGCCUUCAAAGCUAGGCGGUGUCCCCAAACCUGGUGGUCUUCCCACUCCUGGAUCUGGCCUCAAGCUUCAAAGAAAGUUGGCUGGUCCAGGAGGCGCUGCUUCUCCUUCGAGACGACCCGCUGAACCCCCGUCCGAAGACACCGCACCCCCGCCAGCUGCCCCCAAGUUUGGUCUUGGUCGGGGUCUUGCUGGGCGUCCCAUUGCGAAGCCAUCAGCCCCUGUUGAACCCACUCCGAGCCCAGUUUCCCCCGCAAUGAACGCCAUGUCUGCCGCCGAUCGUGCUGAGUUGGAGGAACUUCGUAUGGAGAAGGAAAACUCCAGCCGAACAAUUGAAGAUAUGAAGUCAGAGCGUUCGAGACUCAAUUCAACAAUCACUGAGCUCCAGAACCAGAAUGCACAGCUUAUUGAAGACCACACACGAGAUGUUUUGGGCAUCAAGGCCAAAGAGACUCAAUUGGUCCGCGCACGGAGUGAUGCUGAAGCCGCAGAGGCGAAUGUCCAGAAACAACAAAGAGAGAUCGAACGCCUGAAGCGUGAAUUGGCACGCGCACUUCGUCCAUCUGCCAUGAGCCCACCUAACGCAACAUCCGAUACCGGUAGCAUUGGUAUUCCGGAGACCUCUUCGAUUUACCAAGAACCCGCCGGAAGCGCACACGCCUUUGCACGAAAUGGACUUCAUGCCGGAUCCCGCUUUGAGAGCGCCCGCCCUCGCAGCAUUGUCUCUGCUAGUCCGAGUGAAGAGAAAGAAAACGCCGGUCUAGAAUCGCCAGGGUUCGGCAGUCGAGAAGGCCUCGGCCGACGCAAGUUAAGCCCUACAUAUGGCUACUCGGGCAUCGGCAGUCCGACACGCUCAUCCACCAGGAACUCCAACACCAACCUCGCCGAAGACGACCAACAUCAACCCAGAUCUACUGAGCCUGCUGAGAACUGGAAGCGCGCAGCCGAAGUCACAAGCCAACUGAAGGCGAGAAUUGAACAAAUGAAGGUACGACAAGGGCUUUCACGACAACCCGCCCAACGUUAA